AUGUGCAGCCCAGAUGUGUCUCCCACCUCCACCCUCCUGGUAGGACUCGUGUGCUUGGCAGCUUUCAGCAACUUUGCUAAGACUUCUGCAGACUUCUCAGGUUACAUAUCACAAGUGCUAAAGAAUUACACUGACCAUGCCUGUGAUGGAGAAUAUGUCUCUCUGAGAUGCCCUCACAGAACCACCAUCAGCAUCCAGUCUUCCUUUUACGGCCGAAUCGUGCCAAGUCACCAGAUGUGUCCUUCCCGCUAUCCCCACUCCUAUGCAACUUUAAUUAAAGAAGAUGUUGCCUGCUCAGUUGGCACUUCCCUUCAGAAGGUGCUGGACGAGUGCCAGGACAGGCGGAGCUGCCAGUUCCUUGUCAAUAGCCGGCUCUUUGGCGCAGACCCGUGCCCUGGGACCAGCAAGUACCUCAUCGUGUGGUACAAGUGCAGGCCAAAUGAGUACAAGAGUAAAGUAGCCUGUGAAGAUGACAAGCUGAGGCUAAGCUGUAAGAAGAGCAUGGUGAUUGCCAUUUACUCUGCUGUCUUUGGAAGGACACAAGGAGGCAGCCUGGAGUGCCCAUACCAAACCCUAGGGAUGCCCAUGAUUGAGUGUCAGUCAGCGACUGCCCUUCAACUCAUGAUCAAGCGCUGUCAUGGAAGAAGAAGUUGCAGCAUAUAUGCCAGCACUUAUGAAUUUGGAGAUCCUUGUUACCCAGGAAUCCAAAAGCAUCUUAAUGUCAUCUACACCUGUGUUCCAAGGAAGCUUCUGCAUGAAACCCAGCCAAGAUCAAGCAAUUACCAAAGAUAUCAGAAGCCACAUUUUCCACUGCAGCCAAGGGUGUUUGAUCCCAAUAUUAUAGGGGACAGCGUGUUCCUUUCCGAUGUCUCUCCUUCCAACAUAGGCCGUGCUCUCCCAGCAGAGAAGAAGAAAGGGAGAUCAGCCACCUUCUACCCUCUAGACAACCCCCCCUUCCUGCCCCCCGUGGAUGAGACACAACCGCCAGCACUCACCAGCAGCAUGGAGCCCGUGGGCGUCAGCACCGAGAUGGCUCUGCUCAGCAACAUCCUAGCAGCAUAUGCCUUUGUCACAGAAAACCCUGAGCGGGCUGCCCUGUACUUUGUGUCGGGCGUGUGCGUCGGGCUGGUGCUGACCCUGCUGGCCCUGGUGCUCAGGGUUUCCUGCCGCACGGACUGCAAACGCUCCCCCGCCAAGAAGCCCCCUCGGGAGAGGGAGAGCGACAGCGACAGCAGCGACAGCGACGACGAUUCGGACACCACGUCCGACCUGUCUGCCCGCAGGCACCGCCGCUUUGAGAGGACUUUGAACAUGAACGUCUUCACCUCGGCCGAGGAGCUGGAGCGGGCGCAGCGGCUGGAGGAGCGGGAGCGCAUCAUCCGCGAGAUCUGGAUGAACGGGCAGCCCGACAUCCCGGGCACCAGGAGCCUCAACCGCUACUACUGA